AUGUCUGCCUCAGCACAUACACAGCCGCUGCAAUGGCCUCUGUAUCACGACAAUGACGUCCAUUUUGUUUAUGAAGCGCCCUGGUGGUCGCGUGUCGUUUUGCUGGUUGAUUUAGCCAUCCUCCUGCCUCUCUUCAUUAUUUUUAACUACACUUUGCCUCGCGUUUAUCCGGUGUUUGCUAUUGUGCAAGACAAGAAACGAGGAGUGCACGACCCCAUUGGUCUCGGCAAUGUUGCCGACGAGCGAGGACAUGGCUCCAACUCUAUCGACAAUCCUAAUCGGAUAAAUUCAUCCUCUCCCACAGCCAUUUAUCGCCUCUUGGUGGAUACCGAUGGCUUUUUGGCCAACUUCCGGGGAUUUUCUUGCGCUCUACUCCAGGGUGUCGUUACUGCAUACCCAGUUGUCAUUGCCGCCCGUUACGUGCCCUGGCCAUUUAGUUGGCUGGCGAGACUUCUCCCUGCGCUUGCGAUGGUUCAAUUCAGCACCCUUUGGCUACAUCUCAUCAUCUCCAAGCCAAGCCACCGAUCAUUUUGGAGGCGCGUUCCUUCAUUUGGGCGCACCUUCCAUGCAACAUGGAGAGCUGUCGUCGUUCACUGGGCCUCUGUUGAGAUAACGAGGUGGCUGCCCUACUGGAUAGCCUCCUCCAUGGGAGUUGACUGGCCUUACAUGGCCUUGUACUCCAAAUGCGCCCUCGUCAUACUCGUAACCAUUAUCGGAUCCAUAUGUUUUGUUGUUCCUAGUCAAGUCGUUUUAAUGCGAAUCCAAGCGUCUCUUCUUCCUAUCGAAGAUGAUGCCAUCAUUCCAUUUGACAGGUCUUUUGAUGGCAAGGUAGUGCCGUCAGUUGUGGGCGGUCGAGGUUACGCCACGAUGUCCGACGCGUUUUAUACUUUUACAUGGGCGAGUUGGAAAAACUUGGCUAUUCUUUCCAUAAAGAUUAUCCUUUUGUCUUUGUCUUUGAUUGGGUUUGUUGCUUUCUUCUUGAUUGCUCAAUGGUCUAUCAUUGUUAAAAGAACCGUGGAGCCUAACCAGUUCAACUACUGA